AUGGAUGUAACAUCAUUAUUGAAUUCGAGCAGUGUCGCUGCUGAGCAGCAAAAGCGUCAAGGAGAGAGAGAGAGAUUCGUAUUACCUUCAAGAAUUCGAACUCCAUGGGAUGCAGGUGGCUAUUCACUACCCAUCACCAUCAACACAUCAAAUCAUACGAUAAAUAUUGGAGAACUCGGUACAGCAGGAAAUGAGCCGAGUAUAGCGAAUCAUAAUAAAAUUCACUGCUCUGAUUCACACGGGAUGGAUUCGGAAAGGUCACCUCAUCACAAAUUUUCGGAUAGUCGAAGUAGUUUAUCUUCCUUUACCUCAACAGCCAACUCAACUACAACAUCUGCUUCCAAUCACUCCAGAUUUUCUUCCCUAAGUACAGUCAACAGCAGUUAUCCUACCAGUUUUAAUCACAGCUAUUGCAACUCUUUGGUGGAAAACUCUACAGAUUUAAAUUGUUCUUCUUACUCUUCUUUCAUUCCUCAAGAUAAGAUCGAGUCGCACUCCGCCCCAACUUCCCCACACCACAUCAAAAGACGUAACAUUAUGGUUUCCAAACCGACUGAUAAUUUGGAUGCUUUGGCAACUGUGGCCGAGCAAGAGUCAUCUCAGCAAGAGUCAUCUCGUUCUUCUCCUGAGAACAAUGAUGCUAGAUCUCAAAGUGUUGAUGCUUCUGCUCCAAGACCUUUGAUGAUUGACUCUAUUGAAUCUGUCAGAGAAUCUGAUCGUCGCCCUGGUUCACCUAGCGAUGCAAUGCUUAUCAGACGUCCUGAUUUACCUCAUUUGACUACCGAUACCAGUGACAAUGAGUUUGAUUCAGAGAAUAUCAGUCAUGAUCGCAGCGCUCCUGUCGAUUACAGCUUUCCUGCUAUGCAACCUACAUUGCAUAAACGAAACAUAUCUGCACCAGUUCUGCGUCGACCAGGUAGAGCUGCUGCUAAUUCCGCCGGUCCCACUCCUCCGAACUCGACUCGUACUAGAAAUCUCCCAUCUCCAGAAGAUGACGAGGACGAGGAUGCUGAGGGAGAUCCAGCUACACCACCUGCCGUAGAUGACAACGCUGAGAAACCUCCGGAAUGUAUGUAUAUCCCUAAUUGUGACACCGGUUCGCAACCUCGCAAAGCCAUCUCACAUAUAUUCGGUCGAAAUAAGAUGUGCACUCGAUUGAUUCCGCAAUCUGUUUGGGUUCACUAUUGUCGCAAGCAUUACCAACGCAGCCGUUAUCGCAAUCCAAAGGAGUAUGCCAAGUUGCAAUGUGACUUGGUACAACAGCAGAUUCGUCGUGUCCACGACUGGUCUCAACAGAAUCAACGUCGGGGAGAACCUGGCACUAUCCAAGAUUGGGGAAUUGCUAUCAGAAAGCGUGAGCAAAAGCGUUUGGAUGAGCUGAAGGGUUCCGGUCGAAAGAGACGUGCCUCUGCUUUUGAUGAUGAGGAUGAGGGUGACGAUGAUGCUCCUCCGCGUCCACCAACUGCUGUUCCGGAUUGGCUUCUGCAUGUGAUUGGAUCGGGUUACACUACUGAACAGAUUCUCGAGAUUUUCAAUCGCCUCCAUCAAGAGGUUCUCGAUGAUCUCUUGCCGUGUUUCCCUGAUGUGGAAAUCCUCCCAAACAUCACCAUUGAUCAAGAAGAGCCAAAGUCCCCAAAGGGUUAUGCCAAGCGAAAGGUAUCAACUGCAGGCCACAAGCGCUCUCAAUCCCUCGGCGUUGGCGCUAUGAAGACUCGAAACUCUAGCACCCCUGGAGGAUCCGACCGUAGGAUGAGUCAACCAGUUGUCUUUCAAAGCCCAAAUACCGGAGUACCUGUGUACAGUACUACAUUAAAGCGUCGUCGUCAAAACCCGAGCGACGUCAAUGCACAAUACUCAUCCAUGCAGUUCGCACCACUUCCUACAGAAGCUGAGCGUCGCCGCACGUCAUUCCAACCUGCCUUCACUGGUUUUGAUCGAAUUGAUGAAAAUCAUCAGGCGGCAGUCGGUGAUAAUGAUUUUGAAUCUUUGAGAAAUCGUCAAUAUGGUCGUUCCUCAUCAGUUUACCAAUCACCAUUGGCAGCACCCGUUGCUCGCCCAUUGGGUAUCCAUCAAAAUCAGGUUGAAACUCAACUCCAACAACUCGAGACCAGCAGCCCUGGGUUUGGUAUGAAUGGCAGCAUGGGAAUGGGAAUGGGAAUGGGCAUGGGCAUGGGUGGCACACACAAUCGUAGUUCCCGUCCUUCCCACCAACGCUCACAGUCGGAUAUGAUGAUUCCUCGAACUGCUAUGCAGCCAAAUCUUAUGUCUUCCUCCCAGGACUAUAAUAGCAAUGUUCAGUUCUCAUCUCCUCAAUAUCAGCAAUCUGGUUAUACUCAGUUGAAUGAGUCUCACCAGCAAAACGUCCGCCAAAGCUCUUAUGGUAUGCAACAAGGCCGUCGUCAAUUCGCUCAACAGCAACAAUUUAAUCAAUCUCAACAGUUCCGUCAGCAGUCCCCAGCAACUAGCAGCCAGUUCCGUCAACAAUCUCCAGCCACUAGUAGCGUUGGCAAUAGCCCUAUUACAGGCCCAGUUGGUCAAAUCAACAACCCCUCUCAACAAGGUUCUCAAUCCAAUAUCAGACGAGGCCAGAACCCUCAGAUGCGAGGAAAUCAGAUGUUCGAUGAGAAUAUCAGACGUCGUCAAUACGAUCAAAGCAAUUAA